CGUUUGUUGCACUGGUCUUCUACAUUUGAAUUCAAUUCCAUACAAAGCUCAGAAGUAACUUUCGAAACAAGACCAAAUAAACUUGUCGAUCUGCAUCAGCCGCUUCGAAUUCAAUAUGCCUCUAAAACUCGAAGGAAGCUGCCAAUGCGGCGAAGUCGAAUUCAGUCUCGACUCUUCAACCCCAGUCCCCUACCAGCUCUGCGCGUGCAGCAUCUGCCGCAAGAUCGGUUCUUAUGUCGGUGCCGUGAACUUGGGCGGGAUCGCGGAUAGCUUGAAGAUCAAGAAAGGGGAGAAACUGAUCAAGAAGUAUAACGCUAUAAAAGCGCGCGGCACAAAGGACGAGGCCAAGUGCUCGUCUGAGCGGAACUUUUGCUCCGACUGUGGGACUAUGCUCUGGCUUUGGGACGGUACUUGGCCUGAGCUGAUUCAUCCGUUUGCGUCGGCGAUUGAUACGGACCUGCCGGUUCCUGAUGAAAUGGUCUGUAUCUUUGAGGACUCGAAGCCGGCGUGGGCCAGGUAUCCCGAGGGGAAGAAGCAGGUAUACAAGCAGUAUCCGACAGAGAGUUUGGAAGAUUGGCACAAGAAGCAUAACUUGUUCUACGAGUAACCCAGUGAUCUCUUGGUCAGUGGUAUUUACGUUUUAUGAGACAAAUAUUCAGACGACAAAUCAAAUUGCAUUGUUCUAUAUGACUUGAACUAUUCGAGUGGUUAGCAACGGAAACACAAUGGCCGGUUGCAACGCUCAGGAAGUGACAAGACAUCAGUUCUCCAAGGUGAAAAAGAAGUUUCUUCAAAGUGUAUUCAGAAAAAACAGCAAUUAAAGAAAUCAUCAUCAGAAAUUCAACAAGACAAGAAGGCUACUCACUCUUUGCGUACGAAUACGGUCAUGCUACGUUGAGUAUACCGAGUGCUAGUAGUCGACCAGUCAGCAUGCAGUCACAACACGAAGUGCGUGUAUGAAGUGAUCAAAUGUCAACUAAUGUCAGG